AUAAAAUAAAAAAAAUAUGUUGCCAUACAUACUGAUUACUGAGGACAAAAGAAAGAAAAAGCAAAAGGCCACCGUGGCAGUAAGCAACAAGAAGGAUUAUGAGAAUGGAGCUCAAAAACAGGUGAUUGGUCCGAAAUCUAUCCACCGCAUCUCCAAACCAGAUUUCGUCAUCCCACUUGGCUCCCUUCCUAUCCACCUUUAAGAUUCUCCUUCUUUUCUCCCUCCAUCUGUCAUUAUAUCCCACCCAUAAGCCGGUCCAUCUCAAGUCUCAACAGAAACUAAGGAAAAAGGAAAGAAAGAAAGAAAGGGAAAACAGAGUAACCCAGAAGUCGAGCGAGCGAGCGAGCAUCAGGGCCGUGUCUCGUCUGCAACUUCCUUCCUCCCAAUUUCACACAACCAUCCAAUCUUAUCCCUAUGGCUGCAGCAGCUACUUCGGGGGGAACGGUGCUGAACGGGACCCUGGGAUCUUCCUUCCUGUCCGGAAGCAAGAAGACCCAAUCCUUGUUUGCUGUCGCUUCCAGAAUCGGAAACAGUAUUGGCGGAAGGAAGUUGGUCAUUGUAUCCGCCGCUAAGAAAUCUUGGAUCCCUGCCGUCAAAGGCGGCGGCAACCUAGUCGACCCCGAAUGGCUCGAUGGCUCGCUCCCGGGCGACUACGGAUUCGACCCGCUGGGGCUGGGGAAGGACCCGGCUUUCCUGAAGUGGUACAGAGAGGCGGAGCUGAUCCACGGGCGGUGGGCGAUGGCGGCGGUGGUGGGGAUCUUCGUGGGUCAGGCGUGGAGCGGGAUCCCGUGGUUCGAGGCCGGGGCGGCGCCCGGCGCGGUGGCGCCCUUCUCGUUCGGGACGCUGCUGGGGACCCAAUUGCUGCUGAUGGGGUGGGUGGAGAGCAAGCGGUGGGUGGAUUUCUUCAACCCGGACUCGCAGGCGGUGGAGUGGGCGACGCCGUGGUCGAGGACGGCGGAGAACUUCGCCAACGCCACCGGGGAGCAGGGCUACCCGGGCGGCAAGUUCUUCGACCCGCUGGGCUUCGCGGGGACGCUCAGCGACGGCGUCUACGUGGCGGACGCGGAGAAGCUGGAGAGACUGAAGGUGGCGGAGAUUAAGCACGCCAGGCUUGCGAUGAUCGCCAUGCUCAUUUUUUACUUCGAGGCCGGCCAGGGGAAAACCCCUCUCGCCGCUCUGGGCCUUUAGAUAGAGUUUGUUGCCCCCCAUUCUUCCUUCCUCUGUUCGUCCUUUUGGCUGUAGAUAAAUCUGAUGGUUAAUCAAAAUUUUAGCGGGCGGUUCAAAUUAAAAAAAAAAAAAAAAAAAAAAUCAUCAGAGCCCUCCGUCCGUUUCCCUGCACAGAGUCUCGGCACUAGUGGAAGACGGCUGUCUCCAUCGUCUCUGCUACGCUCUCCGCCAUUGUUUGCACCUCAUCAGAAUCUGAAAUCGCUCCCCUUAAUCUCAUAGAAAAGUGAUGGAGUUGGAAUCGAACACGACGGGCCGUGGCGGAGGAGGAGGACGAGGGAUGAGCAAAUCGACGAAGAAGGUCCUCCUGAUAGUGAACUGCAUUCUCCUCUCCCUCGGGAGCGCGUGCGGCCCGCUCGUCCUCCGCCUCUACUUCCUCAAAGGCGGCAAAGGGGUAUGGAUCUCCGCGGGCCUAGAAACCGCGGGCUGGCCGUUCGUCCUCGUGGCCCUCCUGGCCUCCUACCUCUACCGCCGCCGCACAGACGGGCCUGGACCCGAGCCCACCAAGGUCUCGUUCAUAACCUGGCGCCUCUUCCUCGCGUCCGCCGUGCUGGGCCUCCUGACGGGCCUCGAUGACUACCUCUACGCCUCGGGCGUGUCGUACCUGCCCGUGUCCACGUCGUCGCUAAUCAUCGCCUCCCAGCUGGCGUUCACGGCCGUGUUCGCGUUCCUGCUGGUGAAGCAAAAGUUCACGGCCUUCUCCGUCAACGCCGUGUUCCUGCUCUGCCUCGGGGCAGGGGUGUUGGCGAUGCACGCCAGCGGGGACAAGCUGGCCAAUGAGACCAAGGGUCAGUACUUUAUGGGGUUUUUCAUGACCGUGGGCGCCGCCGUGCUCUACGGGUUCGUCCUCCCCGCCAUCGAGCUCACCUACAGCAAGGCACGGCAGAACGUUACUUAUACUCUUGUGAUGGAGAUGCAGAUGGUCAUGUCCCUUUUCGCCACGCUCUUCAACGUCGUCGGCAUGAUCUUCCACCACGAGAUCCAGACAAUGCCGAAAGAAGCAAGCGAGUUCGAGUUGGGAAAAGUGGGAUAUUGCAUGGUGCUGAUAGCAACGGCGCUGGUGUGGCAAUGCUUCUUCGUGGGAGCUGUCGGGGUGGUGUCAUGUGGCUCUUCUCUGCUCUCCGGGGUGCUCAUUGCGACCUUCUUGCCGGUCACUGAGAUUUUGGCGGUCUUCAUCUAUCACGAGCCGUUUGGGGCCGAGAAAGCCAUUGCUCUCGUCCUCUCGAUUUGGGGUUUCAUCUCUUACUUCUAUGGCGAGUACAAACACACCAAAAAAUCAACGCAUACCUCGGAAUGACGAUCGAUCAUCUCUCUUUUUUCUGUAGUUUCAAUUCAUCCAUAUAUGGGCUUUAGAGAGUUAUAGCUAGCUAGUAGACAGCUUCUUCUGCCUCCUAAUCUUGUUCGCUGGGAAGUAAAGGCAAUUAUUAAUUUAGCCUUUAUUACCCAUAAUCUCGCCAUGAAGAUUUUGAGUUGUUGAUUUAGGAGUCUUGAAAAUUUUGAACCAUUUAUCCCUUUUCUUUUUUUUUUCUCGG